UUUUAGACUUUUUUGUUUGUUAUUUAAUUUCUUUUUUCUUUAUUUUAGUUUUUAAAAUGGACUAUUAUUCUUUUAAUAUUGACGAAACUGAAUGUUCUUCAUAUAAUAACAAUACACAUCUUGUUCGCCAGUUUAAUUUCUUCCAAUUUUCGAGUUCACAGGUUUUGGAGACAUGUAAGCAUUUUUUAUUUAAUUUAAAUUUUCUUUAA